UUUUCAGCCUCCAGCCAGACUCCCCCACUGCUGGGCUGAGGCUCCUCUCCUCCGCUCCCCACCUCUGCCCAGACGCCCACCAUGGGGACACCCGUCCAGAGGAAGUCUCACCUGCUGCUGCUGCUCGCCCUGGCCCUUGUCUCCUCUGCAGCUCGGAGCUUGGCCCGGGGAUCCCCAGCCACGUUUGGGCCCGUCUUUGAAGACCAGCCGCUCAGUCUGCUAUUCCCAGAGGAGUCCACAGAGGAGAAGGUGACGCUGGCAUGCCGCGCCCGGGCCAGCCCUCCUGCCACCUACAGGUGGAAGAUGAAUGGCACCGAGAUGAAGCUGGAGGCAGGUUCCCGCCACCAGCUAGUGGGAGGCAACCUGGUCAUCAUGAACCCCUCCAAGGCACAGGAUGCCGGCGUCUACCAGUGCCUGGCCUCCAACCCAGUGGGCACCGUCGUCAGCAGGGAGGCUGUCCUCCGCUUCGGCUUUCUGCAGGAGUUCUCCAAGGAGGAGCGAGACCCCGUGAAGACCCACGAAGGCUGGGGUGUGAUGUUGCCCUGUAACCCACCAGCCCACUAUCCAGGCUUGUCCUACCGCUGGCUCCUCAACGAGUUCCCCAACUUCAUCCCGACGGACGGGCGUCACUUUGUGUCCCAGACCACGGGGAACCUGUACAUCGCCCGGACCAACGCCUCGGACCUGGGCAACUACUCCUGCCUGGCCACCAGCCACAUGGACUUCUCCACCAAGAGUGUCUUCAGCAAGUUCGCUCAGCUCAACCUAGCUGCCGAAGAUACCAGGCUGUUUGCACCCAGCAUCAAGGCCCGGUUCCCAGCAGAGACCUACGCGCUGGUGGGCCAGCAGGUCACCCUGGAGUGCUUCGCCUUUGGGAACCCUGUCCCUCGGAUCAAGUGGCGCAAAGUGGAUGGCUCCUUGUCCCCACAGUGGGCCACAGCGGAGCCCACCCUGCAGAUCCCCAGCAUCAGCUUUGAGGACGAGGGCACCUACGAGUGUGAGGCAGAGAACUCCAAGGGACGUGACACGGUCCAGGGCCGCAUCAUUGUGCAGGCUCAGCCAGAGUGGCUCAAGGUGAUCUCAGACACGGAGGCUGACAUUGGCUCCAACCUUCGGUGGGGCUGCGCAGCUGCCGGCAAGCCCCGGCCCGCAGUGCGCUGGCUGCGGAACGGGGAGCCCCUGGUGUCUGGGAGCCGGGUAGAGGUGCUGGCCGGGGACCUGCGGUUCUCCAAGCUGAGCCUGGAGGACUCGGGCAUGUACCAGUGUGUGGCGGAGAACAAGCAUGGCACCAUCUACGCCAGCGCUGAGCUGGUCGUGCAAGCACUGGCCCCCGACUUCAGGCUGAAUCCCGUCAGGCGUCUGAUCCCGGCGGCCCGCGGGGGAGAGGUUGUUAUCCCCUGUCAGCCCCGGGCAGCUCCCAAGGCCGUGGUGCUCUGGAGCAAAGGCACUGAGAUUCUGGUCAACAGCAGCAGAGUGACUGUAACCCCGGAUGGCACCUUGAUCAUAAGAAACAUCAGUCGGUCAGAUGAAGGCAAAUACACCUGCUUUGCUGAGAAUUUCAUGGGCAAAGCUAACAGCACAGGCGUCCUGUCUGUGCGAGAUGGGACCAAGAUCACGCUAGCCCCGUCGAGUGCCGACAUCAACUUGGGAGACAACCUGACCUUGCAGUGCCAUGCCUCCCACGACCCCACCAUGGACCUCACCUUCAUCUGGACCCUGGACAACUUCCCCAUCGACUUCGAUAAGCCCGGGGGUCACUACCGGAGGGCCAGUGUGAAGGAGACGGUUGGGGAUCUGACCAUCCUGAACGCCCAGCUGCGCCACGGUGGGAAGUACACUUGUGUGGCUCAGACGGUGGUGGACAGUGCGUCCAAGGAAGCCACGGUCCUGGUCCGAGGCCCGCCGGGUCCCCCGGGAGGCGUGGUGGUGAGGAACAUCGGUGACACCACUGUCCAGCUCAGCUGGAGCCGUGGCUUCGACAACCACAGUCCCAUUGCCAAGUACAGCCUGCAAGCUCGCACUCCACCUGCAGGGAAGUGGAAGCAGGUUCGGACCAAUCCCGCCAACAUCGAGGGCAACACCGAGACCGCCCAGGUGCUGGGCCUCACGCCCUGGAUGGACUACGAGUUCCGUGUCUUAGCCAGCAACAUCCUGGGCACUGGGGAGCCCAGUGGGCCCUCCAGCAAAAUCCGGACCCAGGAAGCAGCCCCCUCAGUGGCACCCUCAGGACUCAGCGGAGGUGGUGGAGCCCCCGGAGAGCUCAUCGUCAACUGGACGCCUGUGUCUCGGGAGUACCAGAACGGAGACGGCUUCGGCUACCUGCUGUCCUUCCGCAGGCAGGGCAGUGCUGGCUGGCAGACCGCCCGGGUGCCCGGCGCCGACGCCCAGUACUUCGUCUACAGCAACGACAGCGUCCGGCCCUACACGCCCUUUGAGGUCAAGAUCCGCAGCUACAACCGCCGUGGGGAUGGGCCCGAGAGCCUCACUGCGCUGGUGUACUCGGCUGAGGAAGAGCCUAGGGUGGCCCCUACCAAGGUCUGGGCCAAGGGGGUCUCAUCCUCAGAGAUGAACGUGACCUGGGAACCCGUGCAGCAGAACAUGAAUGGUAUUCUCCUGGGGUACGAGAUCCGCUACUGGAAAGCUGGGGACAAGGAAGCUGCUGCUGACCGAGUGAGGACAGCAGGGCUAGAUACCAGUGCCCGAGUCACUGGCCUGCACCCCAGCACCAAGUACCACGUGACCGUGCGGGCCUACAACCGGGCAGGCACUGGGCCGGCCAGCCCUCCCGCCAAUGCCACGACCAUGAAGCCCCCUCCACGGAGACCUCCUGGCAACAUCUCCUGGACUUUCUCGAGUUCCAGUCUUAGUAUUAAGUGGGACCCUGUGGUCCCCUUCCGAAAUGAGUCUGCAGUCACUGGCUAUAAGAUGCUGUACCAGAAUGACUUACACCCAACUCCCACCCUUCACCUCACCAGCAAGAACUGGAUAGAAAUUGCAGUUCCUGAAGACAUCGGCCAUGCCCUGGUGCAGAUUCGGACCACAGGGCCUGGAGGGGAUGGGAUCCCAGCAGAAGUCCACAUUGUGAGGAAUGGAGGCACAAGCAUGAUGGUGGAGAACUCGGCAGGUUGCCCAGCCCCACAUGCCGGCACCAUCCUCUCCCACUCUGUGGCGAUGCUGAUCCUCAUAGGCUACCUGGAGCUCUGAUCUCGGCGCCCCUCACUCUCCACCACAGCUGGACACCCACCUCCGAUGGACACAGCCAGCUGGCCCCGGUCCCUUCCUGAUGCCGAGGUGGCCCAUUCUGUGCCUGAGAAUGGCUGGUUUUAAAUACCCACUUUAAAUAGCGCCCUUUUCGUAGGAGGUAGGAUAUUUCACAUUCGGCCACAGGAUAGAACCCAUGAGAGGAUUUUUUUUCUUUAAAUCAGGAGGCACCAAGCAGUAACUUCCAUGAUGAUACUGAACCCUAUGGGCCCUCUAGGGUGCCCAGAUGGAAGGAACAGGCCUCUGGGAAGAAGGGGGUUUUCAACAUGGAUCUGCACAUCCGCAGAUGGCGCUCUGGGACCGCAGAUGGACUCUACCCCUGAGAGCAGAGUCCUAGGCCCGGCAGGAACACUGGACACGAAUGGGCUGCAGUAGACGCCAUAAACAUCAACAUUCUCCAUCUAAGGAGAGGGCCGAACCCUGGGACCAAGGACUCUCCUACUUCCUCCUCUUGAGGGGCAGCACAGCUGAACCCUGACACCCUCGAUGACUCCCUGGAGGCCCUGCACCUGCCCAGGAGGCUGAGAACCAGCGCCCUGAUAUCUGAGGCCAGGAGCCUGAGCCUCAUCAGCUUUGGGGGUGACACUCCAAACUGCUGGAGGUGGGAGCUAAAAAGCGUGGACGCCUGGUGGAAAGGGCCACCAGACUUGGCCCGAGGCACAGUCACAAUCCAGGUGAUAUUGCCUUCUUAGCCAACACUGCCAACCCAACCUUGUUACACCACAGUAACAGAAGCCACUACAGGAGGCUGGGUGACUAAAGGGCUUGUCUUGGGGAGGUCCCCCACCCCACCAAGACCGACCCUGCACAGACCCUCCAGGGUUUGGGCAGGAGACAGGAGAUGGGGGUCGCGCUCCCACCCUCUUCCUCCAGCUUGGCCUUCAGGCCCCAGGACUCCACUCUCCCAGCACUGACUCACUCAAGUCUCAGAGAGCAACGCGGCACUAACCCUGAGUCUUGGAGUCAGGAGUCUUCUGAGAAGGGCAGAGGAUCAAUGUGGCCCUGCCUGCUCCCAGGAAUACCUUGCACUACCUGGUGAGACCUGUCCCCAGGCUGCCUCGGACUGCUCUUGUGCACUCCCAGAAGAAACCAGGGUUAAUGAAUGGGACGUCCUAUCUUGCGCUCUGGGUAUGUUACCAGUCACAGAACCUCAGAGCUGGAAGAGGCUUUAGAGCUCAACUUGUCCAAGCCCCUCACUUUCUAGAGGAGGAGACUGAGGUCCAAAGGGUUAGGGACUUCCCAAGGUCGCACAGCCUGUCAGUGACAGGGCUAGGAUAAGAACUCAGUCUUCUAUCUUCCUGUCCCUGGCUCUUUGUCUAUCCAGAGGAAGGGGCAGUGCUGAAUGGCUACGGCCUGGAUAAGGAGAUGGUUAGGAAGGGCAGUGGGCUAUGAAAACUCUGCUUCAAGAUGUUCAGGUGGGGAUCAUGGGUUGAUCGGCAUGCCUGGGUCCCAGCCCAAGGCCUGGGCAGACUCCAGGAGACACCCAGUCCUUCUUUGCCUUCUGAGCCCAACGCUUGCUGUUGCUUCAAUAUGCAGGGCUGGCUUGAAGCCCCCUGUUCCCCUGACCCUUGCUCCAAGAAGAGGCCAAGGAAGGACAGGGAUUCCCCAAAUCCAGGCAGCAGUGGCGGCACAAGCAAGAAACCCCAAAGCCUGUGCCCUGACAGGUGGCCCUUCACCCCCAGGAGCAGCAGGACAGGCAUCCAGGCCCCCUGAGCCUGGUUUCUAUAGUUUACAGUUAGAGCUCUAUUUUGUUAUGCUUUUUUAAACUUUUAAGUCCUGCUCUAUUUUCCUGGGCAGGUUUAUGUUGAUGUUUACCCACUACAAUUUUUUAAAAAUGUAAGCUCACACCCCUUCUCCCCGCCACCGCUGCCCCCACCACCUGCCCCCACCCAGGACUGCUUCCCUGGAGGCAUGUGAUCAAAUCCUCCUCACCUGCUCCCGUCCAUCCCCCCACACAAGGUGCUGGAGGCUCAGCUCAGCUAUGCUCCCAUUACAGCGACCCCAAAACUUGCCCUAACAUCCAUCCUGGUCCCCCAGGGCUGUGAUUUGGCCUUGCCCAGUUCUAUCAGCAAGGGAAUGCUGAAAGUAAGAAACCUCCUUCCAAAGUUGACCUGAUUCUUUCCCCGCUGCCUUGGGCUGUGGCAGGGCAGCAGGGGGACAGGUCUCUAGAUGCCGGGCCGAGGGAUGAGCUGGGCUGGCACAGGACCCCUGACCAGUGCAGCUGGAGGCUGCAGUCUCUAAGCUUGCUUGAGGCAAAAGAUAUUCCCAACUAAGUGUCUUAGUUCUAAUGAGGCCCAUUAGCAAAGGGGAGGAAGGCAGACCUGCUGGGAAGCCCCAGAAGGGUUUUUAACUAGGAAAACUCAGCCCCAGGAAAACCUAACCACUGUGCAGGUACAACUUGCUUUGGAGACGGAGAACUACACUAGAAUGGAUGUUCCUGCAGCCUGAGACUUCAGGUAGAGUCCUGACUAGGUUUACUAAGCGAGUAGGUGACCUGAGGACACACAAGCUUAUAAAAUCGAAUAGCCUCUUGUUGGGGCAGCCUGUGCAGGAGCCGCAUGAGAGCAGACGACGAGUCAGACGGCUUCUCAGAGGCCCUUCCUGUCCAAGGGGCCUCGAGUUUUCAUCUUCUCUGCUCAGUUGGGCUGAGGGAGUUGAGAGUGGGGCUGGCCCCUAUUGUGGUCAUGACUUGAUUCUGGAUCUCUCCUCCCCCACACACUAAGCCCCAGAGGCAAGGGGGACAGCCACCAACAAGUACUUUACCCCACAGCCUAGUAGGCAAUAAGUGCCUUGAGGACUAAGGACAGAGACAGCUGACAGACACCAUUGUGGGGCCCUCAACUCUCCAGAUGAAGCCUCGGGGCUCAGCAAGGUCAGGUUAUCUACUUUCAUCCAGGGCAUCAAAUGAUCCAGAUGGUGCCAGGGAACAGGAGGGCCAUG